AGCUCUCCAUAUACCCUACACCCAUACCCGAACUCAUUCUACUUGACACCCCGUCAGCAUUAGAGAAGCAAAUCGGAAUGGUGCGGCGGGAGAUCACGGGUUAUUAUACCGGCGUCCACUCCAAAGCGCAAGGUAUCAUAGACCGGUGGAUCUCUGUUGAAGAGAAGGUGGAAACUCGCAUAAAAUCCUUCCGUGAUCCUACAGAGCCCUUAAAUCCCGGAUUGCUCUAUACCGGAAUUUCUGCCCUAACGACGUCUGUCCUCGCUCGCUCGCGUGGACUGCCUACACGUAUCCUCCUUCCUCCCGCAGCCCUAAUCAGCGCAUUCGCAUAUUUCCUUCCGGGUACCGCUUCUCGGGUCGGUACGUAUGCCGGGGAACUCGAAGAUCGGUAUGUUCCUCGCUUUGGAGAAAUUAGAAGAACCUCUGUUGCACACAGCGGCAUAGCCUGGGAGCGCGCGAAAGAAGGUGCUGCUGUUGGACGAGAGUCGGUUAAUAAAGGUGUGAAGAGUAUUGUGGAGAGUAUUGAGCAAGGGACGGGGCUUAACCUAAAAGCUAUGGGAUGGGGACAGGAAGUGAAGAAGGAGGCGCAGAGUGUUGCUGAUGUGAUUCAAAAGGAUAGCAAAGAGGUCAUCGAAAGCAAGAGCCCGAGUAGCGACUCAGAAGACUCCAAGAGAUUGGUAUAGAGUGCGAGUGUCGUAUGUACGGACUCUUAUUCAUAUGGUGGUUUCUCACAUCCCCAAUCAUACUGCAGCACUUAGAGACUAUAACGUUC